AUGAUAACAAUUGAACAGUAUGGUUAUCGAUUAUGCUUCAUCAAUGAUAAUUUAUUCACAUUUCAACCUGGAAAUAAAAAGUAUUUGCAUGUUUAUGAGAUCAAUAUUAUUAAUUAAUAGUACUCAAAGACAAAUCAAAUUGAUGUGAAAAGUGAUUCUAAUUCAUGUAAUUAUUGGUUUCCUUAAUAAUAUAUAAAAUCGAAAUGUCUAUUUGUGAAUAGGAAUGAAAGAAAUGUUAAUUUGAUAAAGAAAAACCAAAAUGGUCAAUCUUAUCACAUAAUAAUCUAUUCAAUUUGA